UAUUACAGAAAGAAAUAUAGCUAAGAUGCUAGCACUAUCCCCUUCAUUGUUUCCAACAACCCAUGGAUGGGCUUUGGAGGAUCUCAUCAGCCAAAAUAUUCCACAUGACUGCAAUGAAGCAAACUCAUAUAAUCCAGCUUUUAAUUUUCAUACAUUUGAUCAAAUCAAGCUUGAUUUAGCACCAGAACAUUCCAUUUCUUCUGGCGAAACCACAAAUGGCGGUACUGGAGAUGAGAUGAUGGUGGUGAAAAAGCUCAAUCAUAACGCAAGUGAAAGAGAUCGCCGCAAGAAGUGUAAUGAGUUGUAUGUAAUGCUUCGCUCGUUGCUACCCAUUUCAAAUGAUCAAAAGAAAAAGUUGAGUAUUCCGAGGACAGUAUCGCGUGUGCUACAAUAUAUACCGGAACUACAAAAGGAAGUGGAGAUACUAAGAUCUAAGAAGGAAAAACUGUUGUCAUAUUCAUUGUCAACUGGUAAUACAAGGAAAGAGCAUUCUAUCAGGGCACAAAGUGCUGAAGACACAACAACCAAAACAAAAUCAUCAGUCGCUUCUUCUGUGAGCAUUUUAGGUGACCAAGAAGCUGUCAUCCAGCUGAUAUCCUCAGCAGAUCAUAUGAGCAAGAAUAAGAGGAAUAACUUAUUGUCUAAGGUUUUGGACUACUUAGAGCAGGAAGAAGAUGAACUUGUUUUGAUAAAUGCAACUACCUUCAAAUCUUAUGGCGAAGGGAUGUUAUUAAGCACUUUGCAUCUUCGGGUGCAAGGGGAUCAUAAAAUCAAGGCCGAAAAGUUAAAGGAGAAGCUCAAUGCUUUCCACCAAUGAUUAGAUGAAUCUAACCCUCCAAGUAAUCAACAGAUGCACAGUACAUUCUAACAUCUUUAGCAGCCGACAAAUUAAUAGACCUUCACGACUGUGAAUUCUGUCCAUUGCUACAUACCGACAUCCAGGGGUAACGAUUACAGACUCCAUAACACAGGCCUUUAGUGCUUCAGGAGUUCUGCUUAAUGUACACAUGUAUUAGUUUCUUGUAUAGAAAAAACCACUGAAUGCAUUUUAGGAAUUGUAAAGUUGUUGGCUCAACAUAAAAGGAACAAACAAAUGAAAAUAGAUAAAGAAGGUUAUCAAAGUUUGA